GAGAACUGAAUUGUAGAGACUCAGUGCGUCUGAAACUAGUGAUGUUGUCACGUUCUGCGGGGUGCGAAGAAUGAAACAAAAACAUUAGCAUUUCGCAGGGUGAGCGAGCCCGGAGUCGAUCGACCCUGCGUUCAGUUUCGCCGGGCCGCACGCUCUCCAUUAUCGGACGACUCUUCGCGGCCAUUAAUCGUCAUUAUUUGAGGUGAAAGUUACUGUGUUUACGCCGUUAAACAAGAUGGCAGAGCUAGAGCUCUGACAGACUGGCUGGUUUUCACGGAUGUUGACACUAUGAAAAGAGGCUCCUGCGUGGCAUUCGAGCACACCGAGAGGGAAUGCAUGACAUGUUCAUAUCACCCCAGCAUUCCGGCACAACAAGUAGCAGUGGGGCUAGCAUCAUUAGUGCAGCAGGAACGACCGGCACCUCUACAUCUUCAGGAGUGCACAACCACUACCAGCUCCACCCUCAGCAUAUCAUCAGCCACAAGAAGCGCAAGCUAGAGCACGGCCAAGUCGAGUAUCUAAACGGCACUUCUGCUGUAGCCAACGAUACGACCACCUUCGCCCAGUCAUCAGCGUACUCUCAAACAUCAGUGGUACAACCUCACUUUCAUCGUUCGAGGUCGCACCACAAGAACUCGCCUAAUGGUGCUGCAGGUUUGCUGCCACAGAACUUCAUCAGAGCAUCCACAAUUAAGCUUUUAGACACAUACCAGCGCUGCGGCCAGAAAAGGAAGUCGGAAUCCGAUCGUGACGGGAAUGAGACGGGCUCUGGCCCAGAAUCUACAGCCACGGCACCGACAAGUACGACAACUGCCGCCGUCGCGUCGGCGGCAAUCCCUGGCAAUGGAGGAAAGGGCACGACCGCGACGGUGGCCAACACGACGGCCAGCACGAGCAACGGUGUGGAGGGCGACUACCAGCUUGUACAGCACGAGGUGCUCUACUCAAUGACCAACCAAUAUGAGGUCCUCGAGUUUCUCGGCCGAGGCACCUUUGGACAGGUGGUCAAAUGUUGGAAAAAGGGCACGAGUGAGAUAGUAGCCAUCAAGAUUCUCAAGAACCACCCCUCUUACGCCAGACAAGGACAAAUCGAAGUUAGUAUUUUGUCUAGACUUAGCCAAGAGAAUGCUGAUGAAUUCAACUUCGUUCGAGCUUACGAGUGCUUUCAGCACAAAAGCCACACUUGCUUGGUUUUUGAGAUGUUGGAACAAAAUCUCUAUGACUUUCUCAAGCAAAACAAAUUCAGCCCUCUGCCCCUCAAAUUCAUCCGUCCGAUUUUGCAACAAGUCCUGACAGCCCUGCUGAAAUUAAAGCAACUGGGCCUGAUCCAUGCUGACCUCAAGCCAGAGAACAUCAUGCUAGUAGAUCCUGCGAGGCAGCCGUACAGAGUAAAAGUGAUUGAUUUUGGCAGUGCUUCUCACGUGAGCAAGGCAGUAUGCAAUACUUAUCUGCAAAGCCGCUACUACAGAGCUCCUGAGAUCAUCUUGGGUAUGUCCCAAAGACACCGUAUGGCAACAAGAAGGUUGCCCUUCUGUGAAGCGAUUGACAUGUGGUCACUUGGAUGCGUGGUCGCCGAGUUGUUUCUCGGUUGGCCUCUAUAUCCAGGCUCCUCCGAGUACGAUCAAAUCCGGUACAUCAGCCAAACGCAGGGUCUCCCUACAGAACACAUGCUGAACAGUGCAUCUAAGACGACCAAGUUCUUCUACAGAGAUAUGGAUAGUACAUACCCAUUCUGGAGACUGAAAACUCCUGAGGAGCAUGAAGCAGAAACUGGAAUCAAAUCGAAAGAGGCCCGAAAGUACAUAUUCAAUUGCAUAGACGACAUUGGGCAAGUAAAUGUGCCCACCGACCUUGAAGGAGGUGAAUUACUUGCUGAGAAAGCUGACAGGAGAGAAUUCAUCGAUCUUCUUAAGAGAAUGCUCACAAUGGACCAGGAGAGACGUACCACUCCAGGGGAAGCCCUCAACCACCACUUUGUCACGCUGGCACAUUUGGUUGACUACGCGCACUGCAACAAUGUUAAAGCUGGUGUCCACAUGAUGGGGGUUUGCAGAACUAACAGCUUCAGCUCAACCACCAGCCACCAGUCCUCGCAAGCACCGCCAUUGGUCGCCAAUUUUGUUCCAAACUCAAGCGGCAAUGUCACUCUUACAUUUAACAACCAGUUAAGCAACCAGUACCAACUGUACAAUGGCCGAUCAGUCGCUCGACAGUACACCAGUGCCGCAAGACCAGAGCAUUUCCCGCAUUCACUUGUUCCUUCCAUUCUUUGUCAACCCAACUAUCAAGGCAUGGGUUCUCCAACCAAAGUAGUUGUGGCGCAGCAACCACCACAAUUGCAAAUCCAGCCUCCGCCAGCUAUACUCUCGCAGCCGCAGCAGCAGUACGUGCCUGUAUCAAUGGUUGAGCCCGGUGGCAGACAAAUGCUGUUGACGAACGCAGUUCAGACGACUUGGGCUGCCAACAGGCAGAUGGCGAUUGUGCCAUCGUGGCAGCAAAUCGCGCCACAACACGCGGCCAUUCAGCAGCCCCUUCUGUCAGAAGCUGCAGAUUGGGCGCGUCCUCUACUUCUAGAUUCCAGCUCGCUGAUAUCGCAGCGUUCCAUGUUUCCUGUGGAAGUGUCUGAAGUUUACGAUCCAAUGGUAGAGCAGCAACACGCGGCAACAUCUGUCAUGCAGCAGGCUCAUCAUCUCACACCACAGCAAGCUACCCAGACAUGGACCGCGUCAAAGAGAGGAAACAAGAGCUCAAGUAGCCAGAUGCACCACCAUCAUCACCAUCAGUCGUCUUCUCACCACGGGCACCACAUAUUGAGCAACAACCACCUUACUGUGCCGAUCAGCCACAGACCAGACAAGAAGGAGGCGACGCAACUCAGUCCUGUCAAAAAGAGGGUCAAGGAAGGCACGCCUCCAUCAGAUACGUGCAACUAUUCUAGAGCAAGAGGGUCUCCUCCAUUUGCUGUUUCUACCCUCAGUUGGGAACCGCAAACAAUCCCGCAGCAGGUUGUUAGCACGAAACAGGAGCACAUUGGCAGUAGUCAGCAGGGCUCUGGUCCAGCAAGGCAACAGACUAUUACUAUCCACGACACUCCUUCUCCAGCCGUCUCUGUCAUCACCAUCUCGGACAGUGAAGAUGAGGCAACGCCGACUAAGUGUUGCAAAGAUAGGGACUGUUCUGCUUGCCACCACGGCGAUGAACUGAGUGAGACGUGCCAUAUUGCUGAUGGCAGUGGCGUUUCCUCAUCAUCUGGAAUGCUGUGUCCCAACAGCUCUCAGCCGCCUGCCACUGUGAAUGAAGCCAAACCCUCAAUGGUUAACGGACCGACCGUGGUCACAAAGGCAGCAAGGAAGAACGUAAUUUCCUGUUUCACUGUUGGCGACAGCGACGAAGAGCAUCGAAGCCCGGCCAAACUUCAUAGUCAGAACAACUUUGUUAGUGGAUCUUUGCCCACCUUGAGAGAGGUCAAGCAUGAGGUUAAACACGAACCACAAAUAAGUUCAAACUACUCGAAUGGAGCGUCUCAAUCGCAGAAGAAAAGACUUCUGGCCAAAGCUCAGUCUGAAUGCGUGAUCAACAGCGUUGCCACCAAGCAAGAACCAGGAGUGUCUCAACAGAAUGUGUAUGACAACGGUGCUGGCCUUCCCCCAAGGGAUUACAUAAGGAACACAAACAACAUCCAGCUUAACUGCCAGCCAGGGACAACUUGCAGCAGCGGCAGUAGUGCCAGCGCUAGCUCGCAGGAGUUUGUCUUUUAUCGGGAUCAAAUGGCCCCGCCGGUUGCUCACUCAAGAGAGAUCCACCCUCAUGAGGUGGUGUACCGCGAACCAGUCAUCACGCAGCAGCCGCAGUCUGUUGUGCCACCUGCCCACAAAAGGGAAAUCAACAGGGAGGCCGUGGUCACAACAAGCCACAGGGACUAUCACAUGCCUGCAGCCGUGCACAAAGAGUAUAUCCUACCUCCUGCAGCGCAUACAACGCGGUCAGAUUUGCAACGAGAGUCGCACAUCGCAAACAAGUCGUGGCAGCCAGGCGGCCAGCAGGUUCAAAAUGCCUACAGACAAAGGAUGCAGAAACGAGGAUGCGUAGUGUACGUGCCGACUGGAGGCCCUGAAAAUGAGUAUAUCAGCCGUCACGCCAGUGCUGCCCACCUAUCACCCCAGCCGAUAACUCACGCUGGUGCGCCCAGCAGGUUGUCGCCGCAACACCCUCUCGUGGCGGGGCAGCCACUUUACCACCAACCUGAACUCUACAGAAGACCGCCUGUGUAUGUUGGUGUCACGCACACACAGCAAACAUUUCUGCCAGCUGGUCACCAAGUAGCAUCAUACACAUCAGGGGCCCUGCCUCCGCCUGCACAUCAUUCAAAUGCCCGUCCAGUCUUGGCAGCACAUCCCGCACACCCUCUGCCGGCUCACAUGCAACCAGCAGUGUUCCCGGCGCACCCUCAAGCGGUGGCCACGGCCGCCUUGGCGGCCGCUUCGUACGGCUACGCACCCUUGAGCCCUGCUAAGUCGCAAUACCAGCACUUGUGGUAUACUGCUGAGUAACAGACACGUUUUUAAGUUUCGGAAGACAAAGAGAGAAGAUCGCAAACGAUUGAAAGGAUAGAAGAAAUGGAAGAAACGAAGAAGUGAUGGUAGUUGCAGUUACAUUUAAGUUGAUGGAUUUUUUUUUGUUCUGUGCUGAGAAGGAUUUCGUUAUGAUGAACACCCUAGGUAAACAGCAAGUUUUGCAAGAACUGGGACAAGAUGAUUUCCCCCUUGGUUUUGUUCACACGUGCACCAGUUUCUAGCAUUUAAUGUUUUAUUCACCGAGAAGUUAAGUCAUGCAGCGUGCGUGUACUCUUUAAUUUGUCUUUCUUAAUUUAACUCAAGCGUGAAUCGAAAUAUGGGGCUGACGAAGAUUGCUUGUAGGCACUCGCAGUAUGAAGGAUUAAUCAAUCGACUUGAAUACUCGUAGUUGGUUUACCACCUGAUCGGUAUUUUCAGAUAUAUACAACACAUAUUACUCGUAGUAAUGCGAAUCGCUGUCUUUCCAUGAAGACCUAAAAUUUCAGUGUUUCCAUGUGAUAAUUAUAACUUAAUGAACUAGAGCUUUGUGUACCCAGUAGCUUCAUUUGCUUAUAUCUCUCAACUUCUUUUUUGAACCAUGAUUUAUGUGCAUUUCACAGUGAUUACAAAAGGACUGCUUGAGUUAUGAAUUAAUUCUUAAAAAAGUUGUGUUGCACAUCUACAACUACCCCUUAUCUAAUGUACAUAGUUAAUAAUUAAGUUUUUGUCAGUCCUCAGUACUACAUAAUUGCGCUUUAUCAAGAAAUUUAUUAUGUUAGUUCCUCUAUUUUAAUCCUUCAAGACAGCGUCUCUGAUUUUUCGUACACACUGGGGUAGUUUUCAAAUAAAAUAAGGCUGUUCUGGAUAGUUUAUAGUAGAAUUGAUGGUGAGCGCUAUAUCUUAUCCAUGGUCUUAAUAGCUUCACGUAGAUUGAGUUCCAACAACAGGUGUUAAAUAAUAUUAUUACAUAUUAAUUCAAAAUCGAAUGCAAGGAGAAGCUCUUGCAGCAAAGAAAUUCAUGUAAAUGUUUAAUAUGGGUGAUGUAUUGAUGGGACCUCUCUAUUUCUGUAUUUGUAUGAUAGCCACUUGACACUGCUACUCGUGUCGCUAGUGUGUGUUUAGUGUUGCUCCCCUCUCACUAGUUAGGUCGAAUCAACCUAUUUUACGAAUUAUUUUACCGUCGUUCUAUCGUUGAAUUUGUUCAAUAUCCACUUGUACUAACGAUUUAGUCAUGAUACUUUGUUUUAUCGCUCGGGUAGUUAUUUUCACAUUACUUAAAGAAGUAAUCUAGUUUUUAAUUAAUUAGGCUUGAAUUAUGCCUUACUGAUUAUUUGUUUAGCUUUAAUGUGUGGCAUCAUUUUCUCCAAUGACUUACCUUUUGAUGUCAUGUAAUAUAUAUAUUUACCGGUAAUGGACGAAAUUGAACACUUUCCACUUUUACUAAGCUUGACCCUUCACCACUCAAACUCAUCAAAAGAAACGCGCAAUUUUGCAAUGCGUUGUUUCCAUUUAGGAUUGAUAUUUCUCGCAACUGAUCAAAGGCCUCUGUAAGGUAAUUGAAACCCCAUUUCCUUGCCAAUUGAGCCGUGUCCGAAAGAAACCUAUCUAAAAAUAAAUUGUUUUGCAUUUGCAAGAUAGUUGACACACAAAAUGAACAGGCUCCACAGAUAUUUUCUAUAACAAGCACCUCAAUUUAUAUUAAUACUAAACAUAAAUAUCUGCCUUAUUACGAGGGAAUAUCACUUUCAAACAACAACAACUAUCAUGUUUGUACUUUGUAAUACACAAGAUGCGUAGGAGUUUGUAUGUUCAGAUUGUGUCUAGAUGUGAUAAAUAGCAACUACUACCGACAGAGUGUAAUGAUUAAGAAAUCGCCCGAGUAGUCGGAUCGAAAUGCAAACAAAAUAAUGCUAUUCUUUGCUGUCAAUGUUUUUGGAAAGAUGUUCUACUACUAAAUAAUAUCUCUGCUCCUUGUGUGUAGAAUUCGUUAGCUCAUACUAUUACAACUAUGGUGUUCUUACGCUCGAAUACUUAACUAAGAAUCUUGAUUCUAAUGAUUAUAGCCCCACCAGCUGACACAUACACGGUGUUUUGGUUGAAUUCCUUCACACACAUAACAAAGUACAAUAUAUAUUCUUCAUAGCGUUUAAAUCUAACUGCUGUCAUUGUCGAAUUUCUAGUUAGACUUGAGUUGAUCAAGAGCGAAAAUAAUUAUGUGUUUCACAGCAUCUCAAUAUUUAACAUCUCUGUAGUUUACUCUGUAAUUCAUGUCAAAUAAUACUAAAGAGCGCUUUAUAUCAUACAUCCACUUCACAUGAUAUAUAUCAUAACUACAAAAUAGGCAGAAUAGGUAAUUAUUACGUCAAUGGUGAUACACAAUAUAAUAUAUAAUGAAAUAAAUAAUCCAUACAAGAAUCUACUUUAAAAAAAGGUUAUUGUGUAAUGACAAUUUUACAACACUAGAAACAUUAGGCCUUGGGUGUUUGCAAGAGAACGGUUCUGUAGUCAAAUUAAAAUCAACACGUGAAAAUAUUUUGAUAUCUGCCGCCUAUAAUAGAAGUACAGAAUCUGCCUUAAAGUAACACACACACACACACCCAUCUUGUUGCUUUGUAUCAAUUUGUGGUGGUCUAGCAACCUAGAUUAAAAUACUACGCUACAUUAUUAAAUGGUACAGUGGGUUGUCCAGUCGACGAGCAAAAGUAUUGCGAUGAUAUCUAGCUUGUUAUAAUGUAUACAAAAUAGAGUUUCUGUCGAGUCAUGAUGUGUAAUAAUGCUUUUUCGUGUUAAUUGGACAUAUUCAAAAUAUGGAAAAUUACAAAACAGCCUUUUUAACGAAUAUGAACAAACGCAAUUUGCCAAAGAUGAGUUGACAUUGCAUAAGAUAAUUAAAGAGAUGUUCCUGGAAAUCAAUUGAUUGUGCGCGUGUACUAAUUAAUUCAUUUUAUGCUCAAAAGUGUGACUUUGUAAGUAAUCAUUUUUUCCGAAUUGAGUCAAUUAGUGACCGAGUAAAAACUUGGAAAUCCAAACAAACUCGACGAAAUCCACACAAAAAUAUUGGCAAUGCAAUCAACAUCAUGAAAUUCUUGUUUAAUUUCAUACAGCUAUUUCAACGCUUUCACAAGAACGCACUUUAAAGACACUCGAAUAAAUAUUGUAACCACAAAACUAAAACUGCACUUAACGCAUUUUAAUGCUGCACUUUUUUAAUUAAAUUUUCCAAUUAUUAUUAGUUUAAUCAAUGGUUGCGUAGAUGGUAAAGGUUUUUUAUUUACGCCUUAUUAUAUUAUCUUGUAUUCACUUUUGAUGGAUUUUUGUUUGAAAACACAUCAGCGUACUUUAAAAACUCACAAACCGAAUUCGUUUGAAAAUCAGGAACGGCUCUUAAGCUAUGUUCUCUGAGCGGAGAAUAUUCCAAAAUGAUUAAGGGUGCAGUUCUAGUUGAAUGCCCAUGCAUUUAUUUUCGGCCCGGAGAUGUGAGAACCACGAAAUUUAAUCGUUGAACAAGUGUGUGAAAUGCUAUGUGGGCCGACAGAGAGAAGUAAAAUCGAAAUUUUCGCAAUUUUAGUGUUUACACCGCAUGAUAAACAUAAAUACACACACUCAGCUAAGUACAGUUUGUUGUUAAUUCCGUGGUGUCAGAAGCUUGCAGCAUUAAGCAAGAAAUAAUUUAGCCAAACAUCGUUAACGCUAACUCAAUUUAAAAAAUAAAUACCAAUUUCAAGCACUGCUGCAUUAUGGUAAAAGUAGAGAUAGAAAUCGUUUAUUAUUCUGUAUUGCAUACAAAAUGUGUGGUUUGGGAUCCAGUUCUUGAUAUCGUAGAGUAAUAAAAAGAGGUAUCAUUAUCGAAUAAUUAACUAUGCAUUCAAUUGAAUAACAAGGAUGCAUUAUAGUGUAUUAGUAAUAAUGAAAACUUACAACCAACACGUAAACAUACUUGUAGCGUCAGAUGAAAGUUUCUUGUUGUGAUAUAUAUAAACUGGUUACAAAAAAGGAAAAUUACACUCGACUAUAAGGUUUCUCUUUUUGUGCUGUUUUGCUUACCACUUGAUGUAUUAUUGAUUAAUCCCCGGUUUGAGGAAAAACAUAUAUGAUAAUAUCUGUAAUAUUACCAGCGAAUAAGUUUUUAACAGGGACUAUUUUAUAAAAUAGCUUGUACCCCUUUACGGCAAAAACAAACGCUCCCUCUCGCCCCCCUUUGAAUAUGUGUACCGAAGAUAAUGUUAAAAACGGCGAUGGUGCACGACUCCGCUUCGGGAACGAAUUAACUCACACAAAUUAUUGUGGAUCACAAAAAUAUGUAAAAGUGUUUCCUGUCAAUGUGGGAUUUAAGAUGUGUGAUGACUUUUGAUGAUUUCACAGCCCCCCAAAUGAAAAAUCUGUUCAACAUCGACUGCUUUAAAAUGAUCAUUUGAUAUACCUAAAAAAGACUGAUAACAUGUAAAAAUUUAAAAGAAAUGAAAAUGCAUCUACACAAGCGUACAUUUUUAUGAGAAAAUAAGUAAUUCAGAAAGAGUGGAGAUUCUUUGAGGAAUUUUUAAUUUUAUUUUUAAAAAACAAAGACGAAUCAAAAUUGUACAACCACAGCAGUUGAUUAAGAACAGAAUCGCGUCUUUUUCAUUGAACUGAUUUCAACACGGCGAGUUUUCCUUGAAUUUUGCAAAUCUGGGUGCCUUCAUGUGUAAUUUUGUCGUUUGCAUUUCUAUUGUUAUUAUUUUGCUAUAUUGCCACCUGUCAAAAUUCGUAAGUGUUGCAUCGAGACAGAGCUGAAAAAAAUUGUUUCAACUGAUCAUGCGUCUUUUCUUACUCGUGAAUUUGUGGUAAAACUUGCUGUCAGUGACUUUGACAUGCUUGCACAAUUGUCCCUUAAUUAUUAAUAACAUAGGCGAAUUUGUACAUAAUAGAUUUAUAUAUUGAUGAUGGAAAAAUGUGCUGUACAUGGAGUGUUUUGUGCCAAUUUAGUUUUUUACUAAUAGAGCUGGACAACAAAACAACACUGAUUGAGAUUUAUUAUUGCCCGCGACGUGAAAAAGUAAUUAUAUUCGACGUGCUGUCAUAAUUAUCACACCUUUGUAAUUGUUAUUAUUGUAUCUGACAAUCUACUUAAAAAGAAAAAGAGAAUCGUCUUGUCUUUACAAACACACACACACUCACUCACAUGCGUGUUUUCUCAAUCGCACUACUUUUCAUGGCAUGCCACUUUGUAAAAAUUUUACCACAUCGCUGCAAACAUUGGAACUUUUCUCAAAAUUAUUUGCAGUAACGCGGCGAUUCUUUGCUGGAAAGAUACAAAGACAGUGUAAUACCAAUUUAAUAAUCAAAAUCCAUCUUCUCACCAAUUUGAGAUAAAAGGUUUGAAACAACUCAGCCUGUAGUCAGAUACAUAAUACACACUUUAAAUGGUUAACGGGCAAAAUGAAAUUAAACUGUAAAAUUUGGCACUAAUAAAAAUACGCAUAAGCAAAAAUUAGUAAA